AGCUAUGGAUAAUAGAGCAGUAGAAGAGCAGCAAAGCAACAGAGAAUUGCUUGCUUCACCCAACAAACACCAUAACAACAACUAGACGGAUCGGAUCCAGUUACAAUCGGGUCGAAAUGGAUCAGGAAUCGGGUUGGGAAGAACUGAGGAAAGAAGCUCGUAAGAUCGAAGGCGAUCUCGAUGUCAAACUCUCUUCUUAUGCUAAGCUCGGUGCUCGCGUCACUCAAGGAGGUUUUGGGGAUGGUGAUACGCCAAGUAUGGGAUCUAACCGUUCGUGGAAGUCGAUGGAGAUGGAAAUACAGUCGUUGCUUGAGAAGUUGUUGGAUGUCAAUGAUUCCAUGAGUCGGUGUGCUGCGUCUGCAGCGCCUACUACUUCGGUCACUCAAAAACUGGCAAGGCAUAGAGAUAUACUCCAUGAGUUUAGUCAGGAAUUCAGACGAAUCAAAGGAAACAUAACUGCGAUGACGGAGCAUGCUGAGCUUUUAAGUUCUGUAAGAGAUGAUAUCAGUGAGUACAAGGCAUCUGGGAGCCCAAGAAUGCAGAUAUUAAGGGAACGAGCUGCUAUCCAUGGAAGCAUAGCACACAUGGAUGAUGUAAUAACGCAGGCUCAAACGACAAGAGCAGCGUUGGGCUCUCAAAGGGCCAUGUUUGGUGAUGUUCAAGGGAAAGUUAAACAACUGAGUGAGAAGUUCCCUAUCGUCCGUGGCCUAAUCGGCUCUAUAAGAAGGAAGAAAUCGAGGGAUACACUCAUCCUAUCUGCUGUCAUCGCGGCUUGUACGUUGUUUCUCAUUUUAUACUGGCUUUCAAAGUGAAAAAGGUUAUGGUAUAAUCAUAAAAAUGCAAAGUAAUAUUGUACUUCAAAGGCAUUUUUGCCAUAUUUGGUAUAAAAUUAGGGACUCGGGUACCAUUUUUUUUUCUUUUUUGUUUUGCACAGUAAGCACAUGCACUGAUCUUGAACCAAAUAGUUCAGUUUGUAAUGCUAUGUUGCUUCUUUCUACUGUUGAUUAGUGGCGGUCUGGUUUUGAAGGUCAAACCGUUAGUAAACUGUGUCCGUCUCAUUCAUUUGUAAAUGAACACUACUGUACUUUCUGACAAAUGAUUUAUGAACUAUUCACGGAACAUUUUGAUUGUUAA